UAAACAGAUCAGUAUUAGAGGGCAGACAGAGGGUGAUAGCAGUCGAAAGUUCAAGAAGGAAGUAACUGUUACAUGAGUUCGAGAUCAAAAGGAACGAGAGGAAGAAGAACCAGAGUUAAAACACCUGAGUUGCGAAGUCGCCGUCGCUUGCGAUACCCUGCCGCCUCCCUUGAAGGCAAGGCUUUCUUCCUCCACAUACAGUCAGCUAGCAAGGCGCGAGACCUGGAAAAGAAAAUUAAGGAGCUGGGAGGGGUUGUCGAGAAUUUCCUGAGUAAGGAUAUAUCCUUUGUUGUAACCGACCAGGCGACUACCUCGCUGCGCCAAACAUCUCAAAAGAAAGAAACCACCGACUUUGCCCAAUCGAGACUUCUGGGGCAAACUCGUGCCCAAGCCAUGCUCCAAAAGUCUGUCGAGCAACAGAAGCAAGCAGUCAAGAGUACUGAUGUCCUAACCAAUGCACAGAAGUGGGGAGUCCAAGUCAAACCAGUUGAGCUUGUUUUAAAAUGGACUAAUGAGCAGAAGAAAAGACAAGCAACAGCUGAGUCAACUGGUCGCGUGUGCAGCCUGAGAGGAGCUUUCCUGAAAGUGGAAGACCACAGUCGAAAAUACAAGCCACUUGUCAAAGAAUUGCAGUUCUGGCCGCGGCUCAACUUGGAAGCCCCACCCAACUUCUCGCCAUUUGAUGAGCCUGUGAGCAUGCGCACGAGAUCAAGAAGCUCUUCCAAGAGUCCACGGAGAGCUGCCAGGCGAAAGAUCAUCCGGGAACCAACGGCAAGUGAAGACAAGAAGGGGUACUGUGAACUGUGUGAUGUACAUUACGAGGGAAUCCAGAAGCAUGUCGCUAGUAAACAGCACAAUGUGACCGCCUCACAGAGAAACACUUACGCAGAACUGGACAGACUUAUCGGAAGAGGGAAGAGUUUAAAACAAUUUGAAGAUGAAUUGAGGAGAAGAAGGGCCAGAGACGCAUCAGAGACAACGCGUGUAACAAGAUUAAGAACAAGGAGUAGAUCUCCUGUCGCAGUGAAAAGCACCCCUAACAGAAGCAAGGAGACAAAGUCGUCAUCGUCGUCACCAUCACGAAGAUCCCCGAAAAGAAAGUUGCGGACCCGAUUUCCAUCCCGAGCAACGCCCAGUCCUCCUCAGCCAGCGCAGAUGGUGACACCACUCAAAGUUGUCCGAUUUCAAGGUAAUCAAUACUCUGUCGUGAAAUCGACUACAAAGAAACGACGCCGUAAGGACAGUAACAGCGACUCCAGCCAUAUCAGCAAAUCAAAACGCAAGAAGACCGAUCGAUACACGAUCGUCGAGGCCACUCCGAUGAAGAUCAGACUUCGUCGAAGCAAACGGAAGCGCAGUUCGACAGCAAGAGGAUCGUUGCUCGUCAGUCGGUCGCCAUAGAUAUUCAUCAAGAAAGGCAUACGGAAUCGCAUGUGAUGCGCUAUUUGAAUGUGAGAUGUAUAAUGUAUGUGCCAUAACUUAGAGUAUCUAUGGAGUAUAGGCAGUGCUGCAGAUUGUACCUAUGUGAUGAAUGAUGUGUAAAUUCCUAUUAAAAAAUUAAAUCCUAUUAAAUUAAUUCCUAUUAAAUUCCUGUGCACUCUAGAUUUUAAAGCUAUUGUUUAUUGAUACAAGGUAAGGAACUCUCUUCGCCGGACAGAAUGGUGAUCUAACCGCAUGGUACCACACUAGAAAAUGCUAUACUUUCUUCCCUAGAGAAA